CCUCCCUGUCCCCUGCGGGAUGCGGGCGCUGAUGCUCCCGGAGCGAAGGGGCUGCAGAUCCAGCGAUCGAAGGAUGCACUGGUGCCUCCUCCGGCUGCUCCUCCUCCUGCCCCUGCUCCUCCUCCAUCCCUCCUCUUCCUCCCGCUCCUCCUCCUCCUCCUCCUCCUCCUCCUCCAUCCCUCGGCUGCCGGCGAGGAGCUCUCGGGAUUUGUCAUUGCCAAGCCUUGGGUGGAUGGAGGAAAAGCCCCAGAGGUUUCUCACAAGGAGGGUCUGCAAAGCCUGCCCAGGGAGCUGCGGGAAGGAAGGACAUGCCCUGUGCCAGGAAAGCAGCCAGAGAUCCAGCCAGAGCUCAGAGCUGGUGGAGAAGAAGCCUAAGGCUGGCGAGAAGCCCCACAAGUGCUUGGAAUGUGGGAAGGGCUUCAGGUACAGCUCCCAUCUGAGGGAGCACCAGGUGAUCCACAUGGGAGAAAAGCCCUACAAGUGUGGGGAAUGUGGGAAGAGCUUCAGCAAGAACUCCAACCUCAUCAGCCACAGCAGGAUCCACACUGGGGAACAGCCCCACACCUGCUUGGAAUGUGGGAAGAGCUUCAGGUGGAAGUCCAGCCUGAGGGAACACCAGAUGCUGCACACCGGGGAGAGGCCCUUCGAGUGUCCCCAGUGUGGGAAGAGGUUUCUGAGGCCAUCCCGUCUCCUCCUGCACCAGCGCAUUCACACCGAGGAGAGGCCCCUCCGCUGCCCCGACUGCGGGAAGGGCUUCAGGCACAGCUCCAGGCUCCUCCUGAAGUGGCACCUCCGCACUGGGGAGAGGCCCUACGAGUGCUCCGAAUGCAGGAAGAGCUUCGUGCGCUGCUCCAGCUCCACCCGCCAAGGAGAAUCCACGUUGGAUGAUCCUCAGUAACCCCUGGGGAAGAGCCCUGAUGAUCCCUGCUCUGGGUGAUCCCCGUUAGAUGUGUGGAAGGUGUUGGAGGGAUUUCUUUCCCUUCUCCUUGUCCUGUUAUGAUUUGGUUGGUAAUAAAUCCACUCCCUGUGCCCAGGCUGGGUCUAUUAUACCCAUGCCAAUGCUCAGGGCAGGACCUCUCCCA